UCCGUAAAUAGUUCUAAUGUUUACCUCGCAAUGGAUGAGAACCAAAAUUAAUGCGAUGCCUUUGUUGAUACAAGAAAGAAGACCAGCCCGUCGUCCUCAGUGCUAACCUGCACCGGCUAGUGCGCCAAGAUUUCACACCAUUCCACACCCCGGCCGCACACCGCCUACGCCCGCAUUUCGAGAAAACUAUUCUGCUACGUCGGCAACACUCUAAGAUUGUCGCAGCUCGACCUCCGCCCUUGAAGAAUUCGAUACACCUGUCAAGCUCCUCAUUGUAUCGACUUCCAAGGUUGCGUGUGGUUCUAGUCUCACUUAGCAGCAUCCGAUAUGGCCGACGAUCUUGAGGCUCGUCUCAAUAGCCAUGCUCGAUCUUUCGAGGGCUUGAUGUCACUUCUACCAUCAGAAGCAUACUACGGUCAAGAGAAGAGCAAACAAUUGAAGAGAGAGAAGCGUGCGAAAACACAAGCAACCGAACGUAUCGAACUAGAGGAAUCGGAUCGCAAGCGAAAACGACAGCCUGAAGGUGAAGGCUCUAGCGAUGUUGAAGGCUUCGAAAAGGAGAAGCCACGAGAAGCGACGAAGCCCACGAUGAAGAAGCACAAAAAAGAGAACGCUCCCAAAAUUGUGACUGAACAACCGAGCGCUACAUCAGAUGAGGGCACUGUUGCCGAGAAGGAUGUAAAGCGCAAGGCGAAGAUCGAAAAACAGAAGGAGAAGGCUGAAAAGCAGAAGGCAAAGCUCCUGGAGAAACAGCAACGUCGAAAAGAGCAAGAAGCCAAGUUGCAGGAGACUGUACAGGAUACAGGAGCGCCCUCGAAAAUGAUCAGCAGGGCUCCGACUAGUGUUUCGCCUGGCAUAGUCCAGGAUUCAGAGAUAAGCUGCAAUGAAUCUGAGGUUCUAAAGUCCAACAAAGAACCAGCGGCGGAUACAUCUCGGGACGACGAUGAUGAUAUGGACAAAAUCGAUCUAAAAGACCUGGGCGAGGAUGACGAUGCAGCCGCAUCUACAGCUCCCUCGACCCCCCGUGCAGAAUCACCAGCCUCUGAUAUACCAUCCACCUCGUCAUCUUCAUCUAUUGUGCCACCAGCGUCUGAUGCCAUACCACAGAAAUCCCUAAAAUCGAAGUCUAAACUGCGCACGAUCGACAACGAAGCAAGAGAGCGACUACGGGCUCGUAUUGAACAACUUCGUAGCGCCCGCAAAGCCGAUGGCAUCGAUGGUAAGCCAGCCAAGAAUCGUCAAGAACUUCUCGAAGCGAGGCGACGGAAGCAAGAUGAGAGGAAAGCCCAUAAGAAGGAGAUGCGAAAGCAAUCUCGAGAUAAAGAGGAAGAGCAAAAGCUUGCCGCAGAGGCAGAAUUGGCACGGCUGAGGGGUUCAGGAUCUCCUCUCACCGGCUCUGACAUGUUUUCGCCUAGAACUGAAAACAAUUUCCUUUUUGGCCGAGUUGCAUUUGACGAUGGCAAGCAGCUAGAUCCAACUAUGUCAUCAUUCCGGGACUCUACAAAGAAGAAGGGCCCUGGUGAUACUCGGACUAUCUUGAAAACUGCAGAGAAGAAGCAAGCACAUCUGAAAGGCCUGGAUGAAACACAGCGAAAGGAUCUCGAAGAGAAAGACGCAUGGCUGAAUGCGAAGAAGAAAGCGCAUGGAGAGAAGGUUCGGGACGAUACAUCUUUAUUGAAGAAAACUCUGAAGCGCCAGGAUAAGCAGAAGGGGAAGAGUGAGAAAGAGUGGACGGAGAGAAUUGAUGGAGUUCAGAAGGGUAUAGAAAUGCGACAGAAGAAGCGCGAGGAGAAUCUCAAGAAACGCAGAGAUGGAAAGGGAGUGAAGAAUAAGAAAAUCAAGAAGCCGAGCAAGAAGCCGAAGAGUCGUCCUGGUUUCGAAGGCAGCUUUCGAUCCAAAAAAUGAUCACCCCUUGGAGCAUUGUCCAAGGAGUUGAAACGGUAGAUUCUCAUUUUCAGCUACAUAGCAUUAUGCGCGGCGCUAGG